AACACCAACACAGGUCUCCGACCGUCCUAUUUAUCCUUUCAAGUCUCAACUCUUCUCAAUUCUGUACUUCUCUCUUCACUUCGCCACCACUCCCGAGCUCCCUAGGGUUCUUCCUCUGCAAUUGGGGAAGCCAACCAUGGGUGCUUCUUCCCUCCUCCUCUUUCUUCUCCUCAUCGUAUCAGUCUCCCUCUCAGUUGCUCACAACAUCACCGAUAUGCUCUCUGGUAUGCCGGAGUACAGCCUCUUCAACAGCUACCUCACCCAAACGAAGCUCGCCGAUGAAGUCAACAGUCGCCAAACCAUCACCUGUCUCGUUCUCCCCAAUGCUGCCAUGUCCUCCCUCGCAGGCAAUCAUCCACUCUCCGUCAUCAAGAACGCUCUCAGCCUUCUAGUCCUUCUCGACUACUACGAUACCUCCAAGCUCCAUGAUAUCUCCAAGGGCACAACCCUCACCACCACUCUUUACCAGACCACCGGCAAUGCCCCUGGUAACCUCGGCUUCGUCAACAUUACCGACCUCAAGGGCGGCAAAGUCGGUUUCGGCUCUGCCGCAACCGGAUCCAAGCUGGAUUCCACCUAUACCAAGAGCGUUAAGCAGAUCCCUUACAACAUCUCAGUCCUGGAGAUCAGUGCCCCGAUCAUAGCUCCUGGGAUCCUGACGGCUCCUCCUCCCUCCGCCUCCGACGUCAAUGUCACUGCCUUGCUCGAGAAGCAUGGCUGCAAAACUUUUGCUUCGCUCAUCCAAACCUCUGGAGUGCUCAAGGUCUACCAGUCAGAGAUGGCUAAGGGUUUGACGGUGUUUGCGCCGUCGGAUGAGGCGUUCAAAGCACCUGGUGCACCGGACCUCAGUAAGCUAACGAAUGCCGAGUUGGUAACCUUACUUCAGUACCAUGCAUUGGCUGGCUACACACCCAUCGGGACUUUGAAGACCGCCAAGGCUCCGAUUAGCACUCUCGCAACCAACGGCGCAGGUAAGUACGACCUUACAGUGAAAACCGCCGGAGAUUCCGUCACCUUGGACACCGGUGUUGAUUCCUCAAGGGUUGCUGAUACGGUCAUCGACAACACUCCGGUUUGCAUUUUCACUGUCGACAAUAUUCUCCUCCCGAGCGAGCUAUUUGGUAAGUCGCCUUCUCCGGCACCAGGGCCAGGGCCGGAGCCGGUUUCUUCCCCAUCUCCAGCGGUGUCCCCGAGCCCAGCUCCGGUAGUUAUCGAAGCCCCGGGGCCAUCGAUAAAGUCACCACCCGCACCGCCAUUGGCACCCGAAGGUGCCCCUGCAGAAGCUCCUGUGGCUGAGGCGGCGAAGAGUACUGCAGGAUCUGGAGCUGUGGACUUGAGAGCUCCCGCAUUGUGGAAAACAGUAGCUACAGUAUCUGCAGCUUUCGUCACUCGGGCAUUGCUGUCAUGAGAAAUCAUUUUUUUCAGUUUUUUUUUUUAAUUUCUAUUUCUGUGUUUUUUCCAUUAUGAUUUCUGGGAUUUAUUUAUGUACUCAGUUUACUUGUA